AUGGCAGCCGCUCAGUCCCUCGAGCAGCGAGAGCUGUCCCUCAUCGGCAAAGUCGAACUGCGCAUCGCUCUGGCCGACUCGGACGCCAAACUGACCACCAUUCUCAACACCUAUCUCGCUCCACUCCUGCUCAAACUCGCAUCCGAGCACCAAAGCGUCCGCAACAAAGUCAUCUCCAUCUGUCAACACAUCAACACGCGCGUGAAGCCACAGUCCGUCGUCCUCCCUGUGGCGGCGCUGGUCAAGCAGUUCAAAGAGCAAGACAGCUCUUUAAUUCGCCACUUUGAUCUGCUCUACAUCCAGCAAAGCGUCGGGCGACUCUCGAAUGCCGAGAAGUCUAAUCUCCUGCCUGUAGUCAUCAAAGGAAUCUCGAGCAGUGGCAGCUACGGGCCGCAAAUCUUCAAUUUGCUGCUGAGAUUGCUCGAGUUCUUCCCUCUGCCUUUGCGCGGAAGCAAAGAGGAUGUCGACUUUCGUGCUCGACUGGACCUGUCCGACCAAGAUGCAGCCUACCUUGCCAGCUGGAUAGGUAAAUUCAUCCUGUUUGCCCCGCAGAAGGGAACGGCGACAACGGGUCCUGGUCUCGCAACAAGCGACUACUCCUUCUUGACUUUGCAAGGCAAAGAUGAUGUCUGGAAUGCAGCUGCUGGCGGUCUCAACCUGCUCCGCACCAAGACUCUUGCCGCCAGACUUCUCGUAAGCGGCUUGUUCAAGGAUAGCGAGCGCUUCCUCCCGGCUCUGUUUGCUUCUGCAGACCCUGCGUCCACCGUGAGCGAUGUGGGAGAUGACAUGAUGAAGCGAGUCUUACCUGCUAUGGACCUGGAGGACUCAAGCUUAAUCAGGCAACUCUUCGAUCUCUACUUCGGCACGGAAGAAAGACCACGAGUAAGAGCGCCGCUGCGAAUGAAGAUCAUUGCUCUCCUCAACAAAUCUACCGUCAGCACCAGCUUCACGGAGGAAAUCAGGAAAAUCGUCGACGAUGGAAUCGCGUCGCCGGCGCAGGACGGCGAGGAUGUCGUGAUGUCUAAUGGCUUUGGCGGCAAUCACGGCGUUGGCCGUGAAGUGAGCAAACUUCGCUCAGCGACCUUCACAUACAUCAACUUUGUAGCCAAGUAUGGCGCCAAAGACACUCUGCAUACCGUUGCGCCGCAUGCGAUCAACCGGCUUCGGGACUUCAUUGAGAACCAAGGAUGGCCGAAGCCGGGUCCCAAUGAGGAUUUGGUAUCUCGUGGGUACGCAUAUGAGGUGAUUGGCGUACUUGCCAAAGCUGGGCCGAAGAGCGUUCUCGUGGAAGAAGAUCGGCCGACGCUGGACUUAUUGAGAUGGCUUUUCACCUCGCUCGCCAAGGACUCUUCCGGCAACUCCAUCAUAGUCAGUGUGGAAGAAUGCCUAUCCGUCGUCAUUAGCGCAAUCUCCGGGCUCGAAUUGACAACUGCGGAACAAAGUGUGCUCGAAGAUCUGCUGAUCGACCAAAUGGAGCAAUCCGUCGACCUACAAGCCAACAAACGCUUACGCAGCACUCGAUUCGUUGCGAUCCGAUUCGCCAACCGUUGCCUGCCUUUUCACUCCGUUAAGGCCCGCUGGGUUGAUAUCCUCGGUCUGGGAACUGCCAAUGAUCGAGCAGAAGUGCAAGAGGAGGCUCGCAGGGGACUCAGUCCUUACUGGUAUCGCAUGAUCAACGGCGCGACUACCAGCACCGCCUCUGCUCAUAUCACGUUUCCCGACUUUCAAAGCGUGAUGGAGCUGUUCUUCCACAACGACAAUCCAAGCGCAGCAAAUGAUCUUUUCAAAUUGGUUCAAGAAAUGCAGCAAAAGUCGCACGAACGUCUCUCGGAGAUGACAACCUUUGCACGCCGGGUUUUGUUCCAGGAAGCUAUGCAGAAGAUCGAUGCUGCGGUGGAAAUUGACAGCGAGUGGGAGAGGAGGCUGGAUGUUGCGGUUGAAAAGGAUCCUAACGCCAGAGGGGCAAUCGCCACGUACCUGCGAGAGUCUAUGCAGAAGCAAGGCCAAUCUCUCCGCAUCCUACAGAGCGCUCUUUACGUCAGUAUCCUCGGGGAAACGAAACACACCGAGAGCCAUUUGGUCGAAUACCUGGCUCUUGCGCCAGAUGCUCUAGUACAAGACCUAGUCCCUCACACCGAUGCCCUCCUACCAGUAUUGCGAGUCAGCAGACAAGACAGGCGUAUGGUCGCCGCACAGGCAUUCGGGAUUCUUGCGUCGGACACAGCCGCGUCAAAGAGUACGACCAGCGCACAAGUCCAGCAACUCGUUGGUGUCUCUCAAGCGUGGCAGACGGCCACCGGCUCCAUGACUUUCGCCGUCCAUGGGGCUCUUGCUGCUCUCGGAUUCUACUUCAGCAGAGCGAUAUGCAGGAGUGCUGAUGCAUCAAAGUCCGACGCUUUCGAGACAAGUCUCCGAACGGCGAUUGAGGUCCUCCAAAGGUCAAACGACGACUUGCUCAAGAAUGCCAGCUUCGUCUUUCUUGGACAGGUCUGCAUGUUUGGGGCGGUCUCACUGCCUACAAUCGAGAAGUUUGGCGAGUUCAACAAGAUCGUCGAUAAGAUCUACGAGAGCGCGAAAGCUGGGAAAGAAACUGCGAUUCUGUGCUUGGGCCUGGUUUCAAUGAUUCUUCCCGAGCAAGCCGAUGAUGCGAAUGAUCGCUUGCGCUACAUCGAAGAGCAGCUGCAUAAGCUUCACGAAAUCAGACAGGCGGAAAUUCACUUCAGCGUGGGCGAGGCGUUCAGCUACCUUGCUUCCGGAUGGGCAUCUCAGGCGCUCGAAACCUCAUUCGACAUCGAUGGGCCCAAGCCGACCUGCGCGACUCGAAACUCGACUCUCGGAAGACUGACUGAUCGGAUUCUGAAAGACUGCGAGACGACAAAACCGGCUCUCAAGAAAGCGGCAGUCAUGUGGCUUCUUUGCCUUGUGCAGUUCUGCGGAGGGCAGUCGGAGAUACAAGAGCGACUGUCAAAAUGCCAGAUGGCGUUCAAGCGUUGUCUGUCGGAUCGUGACGAGCUGGUGCAAGAGACAGCGUCGCGAGGGCUCGGAAUGGUCUACGAAAAGGGCGACCGACGCCUCAAAGAUGAGCUUGUGCGUGAUCUGGUUGGCUCCUUUUCUUCGGAUAGACCAACGCAGCUGGCCGGCAGCGUUUCAGCUGACACCCAGCUCUUCGAACCUGGAGCCUUGCCAACCGGCGAUGGAUCCGUAUCGACUUACAAAGACAUCAUGAGCCUGGCGGCCGAAGUGGGAGAUUCAAGUCUGGUCUACCGAUUCAUGUCCAUGGCGUCUUCGAACGCGAUUUGGUCCAGCCGCGCGGCGUUUGGCAGAUUCGGACUGAGUAGUGUUCUUUCCGACUCGAGUGUGGAUGGCUACCUUGCCAGCAACCCCAAACUCUACCCCAAACUCUUCCGCUACCGCUUCGAUCCUAACAGCGGCGUGCAGCGCUCCAUGAACGACAUCUGGAACGCGCUGGUCAAAGACUCUGCCGGUACGAUUGACAAGCAUUUCGAUGCUAUCAUGGAAGACUUACUCUCCAGCAUCCUUGGGAAGGAAUGGCGAGUGCGGCAGGCUUGCUGUGCUGCUAUUGCGGAUCUUGUGUCCAGUAGCAAGAUUGAGAAGUACGAGCCGUAUUUGGAGCGAAUCUGGACGCAGUGCUUCAAAGUACUGGACGAUAUCAAGGAGUCUGUCCGUGCUGCGGCAACGUCCCUGGCCAGGACUCUUACUGGGGUGUUGACCAGGAUACUAGAGACUGACCAUUCUUCGACCAAGAACGCCUCUGCCAUGCUGCGGCAUGUCCUACCAUUCCUGCUAUCCCCUUCGGGCAUGGAGUCGAGUGCAAAGGAGGUGCAGGCCUUCUCGGUCCACACUCUGCUUGAGAUCAUCAAAAAGAGCAACGGCGCGACGCUGCGUCCAUUCAUCCCGGAACUUGUGGAGCGCCUCAUUGGUCUCCUCAGCUCUUUGGAGCCCGAAGCCGUGAACUACAUCCACUUGAACGCAUCGAAAUACAACCUCACGGAGCAGAAGAUCGACGACAUGCGGCUGACGAGCGUCCGCAACAGUCCCAUCAUGGAAGCGAUCGAGCGCUGUCUAGAUCUGCUGGAUGACAGCACCAUGCGCGCACUACAGCCCCGACUGGAGAACGCGAUGAAAAGCGCAGUAGGCCUGCCGUCCAAAGUCGGCUCGAGCCGGAUCCUGGUAUCACUAGCCACGCGCCGAACAGCGUUAUUCCGAGACUUCAGCGACGACUUUCUCAAACUCAUUGAGAAGCUGGUGCUCGAUCGCAACGAAACCAUCUCCAGCUCCUACGCCGUCGCGGCCGGGUACGUCGCGCGCGGCGCAUCGGAAAAGCAGGUUUUGCAGCUCUUGUCAUUCACGAAGCGCCUCUACUUCGACUCGGAGGGCGAUCGCGCGGCGAGCGUGCCACGGCGUAGCAUCUCAGCCGGAGAGAUUGUGCACGCGGUCGCGAAGCACGCAAGCGACAAAUUCAACUCCAUUGCCGCUUCCGCGCUUCCCUUCGUCUUCAUUGCGAAGCACGACACGAACGAGCAGGUGCGCGAACCGUUUGAGAACGCGUGGAGCGAAUCCGUCGGCGGGUCGCGCGCGGUCCUGCUCUACCUGCGCGAGAUUGUCGCUUUGUGCUCCACCUACCUUGACUCUCCGCAAUGGACAUUGAAGCACACUUCUGCGCGGGCGAUUGCGGACGCGACGACGCUGGUGGCGUCGAUGGAGAUGUCGGAGGCGUCGGCGGAGGGCUUGUGGCCGGCGGUGGAGAAGGCGCUGGGAGGGAAGACGUGGGAGGGGAAGGAGGUUGUGCUGCCGGCUUUUGCUAGGUUCGUGGAGACCGGACGGGCGUUUUAUGGGAAGCGGCCGGAUGUUCAGACGGCUAUCAGGAAGAUUGCCAUUCGCGAGGCCAAGCGACAAAAUCCUGCAUAUCGGCCGCAUGCCCUGCAGGCGUUAGGUCGCAUAUGCCUGGCGCUGUUGGACACCGACAUGAGCGCGGAAGUUUUUGAGCUUGUGGAAUCAUUGCUCGCUCCUCCAACGAGCGAUGACGAUGAGAUGCAGCUCGAUGGCGAUGCCGCAAGGAAGGCAGAUGAGGUCAAAGAAAGCACCCAAGCAUCGGCGAUCGACGCGCUCUUUGCGUCGAUCAAUCCAACCAUGCAUCGCGGAGCCGAGUUGAACGUGGCGCUACUUCGGGCCUUCAAUGCGACUAACGAGGUCAAGUCGCCUUCAUCCCGACUCCGCCGCGCCUUUUACGAGAGCACUACGAAAGUGUUUGACCGAAUUGGUCAGCAGAAGGCGGGCUCGUCUGUCGAAUUUGACAUCACUUCGUUGCAGCGCCUGCUUUUCGGCGCCGAAGAGGUGGAAGCGGUGAGGCUGGUGCGGGCAGACGCCAUUUCUGCGAUUUCAAAUACCUCGCCUGGGCUCGCGGCGCAAAUGAGCGUGGAGAUGAAGAGGUUGCUGACGGAGGAAAGUUCGAGCGUAGUGCGUGCUCGGCUGCUCGGGGAGAAGUAG